GAAGGGGUUAUCACUAAACAUUCUUAGAACAACCACAACACUCUUUGUUGAUUGUCACCAGCUUAAGAUUGCAGUCUUGGUUUGACUAUUUUUGUCCUAAAUUGUUAUCGUUAUCUGUGCUGUACAACAGGUGAAAGCCAUGGAGUUGAUUGAUCAGUUGGAAGUCACAAGACGUGGGCCAUAUAAUGGGGUAUUUGGAGGCAUCUCUUUUUCUGGUGAUAUGGACAUUGCCCUUGCUCUGAGUACCAUAGUUUUCCCAACUUAUACUCGUUUUUACACAAUGUACCCGUCUAAGGAUGUGAACAAACGUAGACAAUGGGUUGCCCAUCUCCAGGCUGGAGCAGGAAUCAUGGCUGACAGUGAUCCAGAUGAUGAGCAAAGAGAGUGUGAAAACAAAGUUGCAGACCUUGCCCCUGCCAUUGAUCUUGCAGAAGCCACAUUCUUUUUUUAAAUGAUUUGCAAAAUCUUUAUCUCAGCACUAGAUCUUGCUUUUGUAGACAAAGGAUAUUUAGUCAACUUUUGAA